CUUGACUGUUUUUAAAACUGCAUAUUUAAUUUGUCAUUUUAAUAUGUGUUCAGUAUAGUUUAUUGUCGAUUGAAGACAUUGCACCCGGUUAAGAUGAAUUUUAUGAAGGCGUAACGUCAUGAGAGAGUUUCGACCCUUGAACUUCCUGAAACUUGUGAAGCAGCGAUACAGCCUGCGAGAUAAAACUUGCAUGUUCUUGAAAGGUUGUUGACAUUUCAGCCUUUUUUUAUUUCGACUGCUCCUAUUUGUGUUUUGCAGUUUUUUAAUUAGUGGCUUUGUUUUGAAACUAACGGAGGUCUUAGUAAAACAAUGGAUGUUCAAAAGUAUUUGGCACGUAUCGGCUGUUCGGGUCCAUGUCCUCCGACAUUGGACACAUUGCGGUACGUUCACCUCAAUCAUUUAUCGACAGUUCCCUUUGAAAACCUCACUAUUCAUAUCGGAGAACGGGUCAGGCUUGAACUGCCACAUCUUUAUGAAAAAAUCGUGUCCAUGCGCCGUGGAGGAUUCUGCUUUGAAAUGAAUGGACUCUUUUCUUGGCUGUUGUCUCAGUUGGGCUUUGUCGUGACUAUUCUCUCCGGACAGGUGAGGAAUCGGUUCACCGGUGCUUACGGACCUCCCUUUGACCAUUUUAUUAUAAUGGUGAAGCUGGAUGGGCAUAGAUGGCUCUGUGACGUAGGGUUUGGUUCAGGAUUCCAGCUUCCUCUGUCUCUUGAGACAGAUAGUCCCCAAGUACAGAGCCAUGGGGUGUAUCGCCUUAGAACUCAGGGAAAAAUGGUUUUCAUGGAAAUGAACUCUGAGACUGAGGUACCAGUGAGUGCAGAAGGCUUUUGUUGGAAGGAAGUGUACAAAUUUACUCUGGAACCCCGUGAAAGAGAUGAUUUCAAAGCCAUGUGUGAAUACCAUCAGACUUCUGCAAGCUCACUUUUCUUCUGCAAGUCUCUCUGUUCACUCUUAUUGCCCACGGGAAGAAUCACAAUCAUGGGCCGCAAGUUGACUGUGACCAGCCUGGCCUCAAAGGACCAACGGAACACUACAAAAACCACCGAAGAACUUUCAGAUGAAGAGAUCACUGAGAUUCUGGGGGAGAAGUUUGGAAUUGUUCUUCCAUCUCCGCUCACUCCAAAAGAUGUUGAAAUCAUGCCACCACCAGCUAUUUAUUAACAAAUUGACAUUUAAAUACGUGAUAAGAGCAAGGAAAUGUUUGAAUCAAAUUUUUGUUACGUAUGAAAUGAAUCUGCACUGUAUCUCUAACUCAUUAUUUAUCAUAUUGUUCGUUUUAUGCUGUUAAAUUGUUUGAUUUUAUACUGUUGUGCUGUUUUAUUAUUUACACUAAAGAUAAAUACAUAUAUGUAUAUGAGAGGGUUUUCUCCAUGGCUGGACUAAAUAAAACCAAAACCAGGAACAGCUUGGCACUGGAUGGAACUCUGUCAUCCAUCAUGACAGUGAAAAUGGCUGGCCUGGAACCACAGUGUUUCAAGUGGGAGCCAGCAACCCCUGUGCUGAAGGCCUCAAAACAUGCUACCAACACCUACAAUAAACAACACUAACCAUUAUCUCUCUCUCACACACACAAACAUGCACUAAGAAAUGAUGAAAAAUAUUUUUUUAUUUGUACAAAUUUAUGUCACAUUUUUCAGAUCAGACCCCCGUCCCCACCCAAACCCCCGCCGCCACCAAAAUCUCACUCUGAACUCAGUUCAAAACUUGAGAAACCCUGUGUUAUGAAUGAAUGAAUGAAUGAAUGAACAUGUUAGCUUUGCAUGUGUUGCUCCUCCCUUGCCCCUUUGUCUAUAGCUCUUGGUUGGGAGGUAAGAGGUAAGUAAAGUCAAAAUAUAUAAAUAACUGAAAUAUGUUAACUAUAUACUAUUUAUAUAAAUGUGUACUCUGACACGUCUAAUUGUAUGGCCGUUUUUGGCUAUUUAAACCGUUUAUUUAUUUUACACAGUGUAGACAGCGCUUGUUUUAGCCGAGAUGCUAACGAAUAUAAGUUAAUGAUGAAGCUUGGGGGCUAACGUUAAAUGGGUAACGGUAGUAUUAAAUGACAAACAAUGACUUUUAGCCACUUUUAGUGAAUGUAUAGCUCUUUUUUUCUUGUUGUUGUUUGUGUUGAAUGGUUUCCCCACCCAUGUUACAUAAAUUGUCUGUAAUUAAAUAUUUUUAUCAUAUUCAGUUUUGUUUUUAUCCUUUUUCCUCAGAAUUUUCAGUAUUUUACAGUUGAGUAGACAAAAAAGGACACCCAAGGCCAACAGACCCAGCUCCAGCCCAACCUGAUGCUCAUCCUUGCACUGCCUGGGACACCUGAGGCCAACAGGCGCAGCUCCUGUUCUCUUUUUGCCAUAAAUACAUAUCUACUUUAGCAAUACAAAAUUGUGAAAUGCACUAUAGAAAUUAUUUUGACUUUUGAUCCUCACACCACCUGGUAAUAGCAGGAAACCCAUUUGGAGCGAACAGCAUUGUUUUUUUCUUGCUCGCAAGAAUUUGCUUUUUGGCAAAGUACAACUUUACCAUUGGUGUAGGCCUUGCUUUAGAGACUACUUUUUUGCUGGACUUUUUUACAAUUGUACAUUUGUACAAAGUGAAAUAUUUCUGUAUUUGUAUUUAAAGUUAAGGCAAAUUAUUUGGUUAGUUUUGUUAAGAUGUUGUUUUCAUUUAUAACAAUAUCACCAACACAAUAUUAAUUAUACAUUUGAUUUCAUGAAUUUAGAAUUGUACAAUAUUGACUAUUUUGUGAAUAUUUAUUCAAUGUAAAUUGUUGUUGUUUAUUAAUAAACUGUUUGCUUUGUAUUUGCUUUUAGUAUUUCUGCAUAUUAAAAUAUUGUGAAUAGCAAAUAUGAACUGUGAAAUGGUGCCUUGAAGCACCCAAGAUGGUUCCAGACCAUUUUAAUAAGAGGGAUCCCCAAGAAGCCUUGAGGGUUCCUCAGAGAACCGCCUUUCGUGAAGCUGUGUCUUGAGUUUCCCCUGAGGGUUCCGCCAGCAUGGCAAUGUGAAGAACCCCAAAUGGUUCCUCAAAGAACCUUUCAUUUUUACAGUGCAGUAUUAACUGCAGAUCUGUAAUUAACUUUUCCUCUUACAUCUUAUGUAUUUAUAUGCUAUGCAUUUUUUUUCUAUUUUUUGUGUUUGUGCGUGUGUACAGUUGGCAAAUAAAGCUUGUUCUGAUUCUGGUUUAUAGUUAUUAUAGUUAUACAAAGACAAAACGAACAACAGUUCAAGGUGUGUUCUUUUUCUAUUGUUAUGUUUGGCUCUGUCCAUUUUUUUUGGUGUGUGUAUGAUUAUCGGAUGUAAUGUACAGCACUUUGGGCUUGUGGCAGCAGAAAAGUGCUAU